UCUCGCGAGAGCUAGUGGCGCGUAGGGACCAACCCGGCUGAGGUCCGCGGUGCUUUCAACAUUGGUGUCCCAGCGGCUACGUUCCAUUCCCGGGGUCUUCUGCCCCCUCCCGGAAGAGGAAGGGAGGCACAGGUGGGUCUCUCUAGUCGGCUUCCCGGAUCCUGGUGAAUUUUGAAGCGGAGCGGCCGGGGCAGCUAGCUGGCAGCCAGCGGGAAGAGGGCUGCCUGGCCGAGGCCAAUGCCUGCCGCGCUUCCUCGGCGGUAUGAAGACGUCCGAGGAGCCACCGUUAGCGCCCUACUGCCUGUCUGCAGACAAGGCCCCGGCUUCAGCCCGUCUCUCGCCUCAGGCUUCCCCGAUGGAUACAAAUACGGACCCAGAACUGAUGCCAUUGACAUCCGAAGGCGAUGAUCUGCCCCGCGUGUCCCCCGAUCCCAUGGCUGGCUCAGCUGUGUCCCAGGAGCCCGAGGAGGGGGACCCAGCUUCUCUCUCCACUUCCCCGGAAACAGGGGUUUGCACUCCCAGUGAGUUGAGCCCUGGAAUCAAGGAGCAAGAACUUUCUGAAAAUGUGAGCCUUCCUGCGGAGGAAACGAACGGGCCAGAAUUGGGGCCUGGAGAAGCCAUGGAAGGUGUGUCUGAGGAGCCCGUUCCUGAGGAGGAGGGGUCCACCACUUGGAGCUACAGCUUCUCCCAACUACCUCAGUUUCUCAGUGGUUCCUGGUCAGAGUUCAGCGCCCAGCCUGAGAACUUCUUGAAAGGCUGUAAGUGGGCCCCUGAUGGUUCCUGCAUCUUGACCAAUAGUGCUGAUAACAUCCUGCGGAUUUAUAACCUACCCCCAGAGAUGUACAAUGAAGGGGAACAGCGGGAAUAUGCAGAAAUGGUAAGGGUAAGGGCUAAACCAGCCCUUUCACCAGACACUGAACAUCUUCUUCAUCAUGAAUUUCCAUAGGUAGCAUUUUUUAUCCUAAAUUCUGAAGUCCUUUAUUUAUUU